AUGCGUGGCAACUUUGUUGGUGUUGUCUCGGACUCGACACGAGUGCUUGGUGAUGGCGAUGUGACCCCGGCUGGUGGACUUGGUGUGAUGGAAGGAAAGGCGUUGUUGAUGAAGUACUUGGGUGGUAUUGACGCAGUUCCCAUCUGCAUUGACUCGAAGGUUGCUGGGAAGACUGAUGUUGAUAUGAUAAUGAACACAUCACAGCCAAACUGCUACAGAGUGCUUGACGUGUUGCGAGAGACUUGUGACAUCCCCGUUUGUUACAACAACCAACAAGGCACGGCAUCAGUGACGUUGGCUGGGUUGUUCAAUGCACUCGAGUUGGUUCACAAGAGACUGGAAGACAUCGAAAUGGUCUUCAUAAGUGCUGGGAGUGCAAAUGCGACAUGCCUGCAACUGAUGGUGAAUACAUGUGCUGACCCAAAGAAAAUCGUGAUGUUUGAUAUUAAUGGGUCGCUUCGUUGUGGACGUGACAAUAUCGAGAACUAUUAG